CAUUUUUACCGAAAUAAUUUGCGAAACAAAUCAAACCUUAGCGAUCGGAUGUAAGCAUUCCAUGCAGCUGUGCUUAAGUGAGGGUUUGCUUCGUUUUUAACGUUUGGUUUUUAUUUUACUUUAAACUCUUUAAACUUUUUUUUCUGUCAUGAUGAGGGGAUUAAAAAUUUUCGUACAUUGCUUCGUUUUGAGUGCAUCGGUUUACAGCCAGCAGUAUUACAGCAGCACACCGCUGACGGUGCUCAUAUUGGACAAUAAUGCUCCCUUUUCAUCGAAAGAUGCCAGUGGAAACUGGGUGGGAUUCAUUCCCGAUUACGUUAAAGCGGUGGCUGCUCAAGCCGGUUUGACGUACAAUCUCGCAGUGCAAGCGGAUGGAGUUUAUGGUAUGCCACAAGCAGAUGGAAGCUGGAAUGGCCUGAUCGGCGCUCUGGCUAGCAAGAAAGCCGAUAUAGUAGCUGCUGACCUGGUUAUCACACCCCAGCGGUUGACUGUUGUGGAGUUUCCUACGCCGUAUAUAGCCGUUGGUUUGAGAAUUCUGCUGCCCGCUUCCGCUACGAGUGCCACUGGACUCAAUUAUGUCGUCCUCAAAGACGGCUCGGACCAAGAGUUCCUGCAGACUUCUCCGGAUCCGAAAGUCCAGGCCAUUUUGGCCAAUAUUCAGGCAACCAACGGAUGGCUGACUAGCUACCAAGACGGGGUUAACCGCGUACUGGCCGGUGGUGUCGCCAUGGUUGGGAACGAGGUCCAGCUACGUCCCUAUAUUGACGCCAAUCCCGGGAAGCUCAAGUUUGCUGAUGGGGAAGCUCUGGCUCAAUCGUACUAUGCCUUGGCCGUGCAAAUAGGCUCUCCGUUGCGCGAUCAGCUUAGCAUCGCUGUGUCAAAGGUCAACGAAGAUGGAACAACUUCGGCACUGCUACGCGCCAACAAGAUCGGAUACAUCCAGAGAACGUAAAGCCGCGUGCAGACAUUUGUGUGUAAAACAAAAGACGACCGGAAAAAAAAAGAGAUUUUGUCGAAUACUUCCGCAAAUCUUUUGUUGGCUCUAAUAAGUAAUAGGCCAUUGAUUUUUUAUCAGAUUUUAUCCUGACAUGGGCUGCCUUAAAGUAGAAGAAGCGCUGGUCAUAACGGAACCGUUCUUUGCAUAGUGGCAACCGCAUUUAUGAAGAUUGUAUUCAUACCUACUUGAGUUGUUCACAAAUGCAGCGUUUAAUACUUUAUAAAACUUUGUAAAGGCGUAUAUGGAUCACGUACUGGCUG